AUGUUGAAAACCAUUAUCUCAGCCGGCCAACAAGCUACCCGAGCCACCCGGAGCCAGGUCUCAAAAACCACUAUCCAAUCUCUCGCAACCCCGACAGCAACAAGAACGCCCUUCAGCACAACUCCACUCCCCCAGAUCGAAAAGGGCCAGGGCUCACUCGACCGUGAAACCUUGAACCCGGAGCGCUCAGAGACUGCCAAGUCUGGUACAGACGGCGAAGUCGCCAAGCACCCCUCUGCAUUCGACCCAAAGAACACAGCACCAGAGUCCGAACUCGCGGCCACUGAAGAGGAAAGCAAGCAGGAAGGCAAGAAAGAGAGUCCUCUAAAUAUGAGCCCGGCCAAUAGGGAUGCUAGCGCUUGGAGGCGCCAGGCUGAGGACGGGCCUGAUCGGAAUCGGGAUCGCGAGGCCUCCAGCUCUCGUGGGGCGACAAAGAAGGGCCGUGGUAUUCAUGUCAAGGAGGAUGGGACUCAUGUUUCGUAUCGAGAUUGA